GGAGCGCUGUGACUGAGGACGCUGAGAAAACCCGCCCACCCUACGUAGCAGGGAGGGGCCAAGAUGGGGUGCGGGACGGGAGUCGGAGGAGUUUCGAAUUUCUUCUAAACUCUCCAGUCUAGAUUCUGGUGUCAGCUCUGUUCCUUUCCUCUUGGCCACCACCACGUCCCCUCCCGGCCCUCUUCCAACGCGCGCAGUCUUCCCAAGAAUUCUGGGUCUGGAAGAAAGAGAAGAAAGCAGGUGUCCAAUUGGCCUUCCCCGCCUCCGCACCCACACAGGCAAGCAUCGGGUCUCCGCCGGCUCGCGAGGAUCCAGGAUGCUUAUUAACCAGGCGGCCAAUAGGUGGCCGGGCAGAGGCGCGCCCCUUCGACAGAGCGGAGGACACGCUCAGGAGUGCGGCUCCCGGGAGACCAUGGAGAGCCCAGUGAGAGUGAAGGCGUGGGUGGAGGAGAACCGGGGCUCCUUCCUGCCCCCGGUCUGCAACAAGCUCCUGCACCAGAAGCAGCUCAAAAUCAUGUUCGUGGGGGGUCCCAACACCAGGAAGGACUACCACAUCGAGGAGGGUGAGGAGGUAUUUUACCAGCUGGAGGGGGACAUGCUUCUCCGAGUCCUGGAGCGAGGGAAACACCGGGAUGUGGUCAUUCGGCAGGGAGAGAUCUUCCUCCUGCCUGCUGGGGUCCCCCACUCGCCGCAGAGGUUUGCCAACACAGUGGGGCUGGUGAUUGAGCGGAGGCGGCUGAAAACAGAACUAGAUGGGCUCAGGUACUACGUAGGGGACACCACAGACGUCCUGUUUGAGAAGUGGUUCUACUGCGAGGACCUCGGCACGCAGUUGGCUCCCAUCAUCCAGGAGUUCUUCAGCUCUGAGCAGUACAGAACAGGAAAGCCCAACCCUGACCAGCUGCUCAAGGAACCACCAUUCCCCCUGAGCACACGAUCCGUCAUGGAGCCCAUGUGCCUGGAGGCCUGGCUGGAUGGCCACCGCAAGGAGCUGCAGGCAGGCACACCCCUCAGCUUGUUUGGGGACACCUAUGAGAGCCAGGUGAUGAUCCACGGACAAGGCAGCAGCAAAGGCCUGAGACGGGACGUGGACGUGUGGCUGUGGCAGCUGGAGGGCUCCUCAGUGGUGACGAUGGAGGGACAGCGCCUGAGCCUGACCCCUGAUGACAGCCUCCUGGUGCCAGCUGGGACUCUGUAUGGCUGGGAGCGAGGGCAAGGCUCCGUGGCCCUGUCUGUGACCCAGGAUCCCGCCUGCAAGAAGUCCCUGGGAUAACUGAUCCUCCCACUGUGGGCCCAGGGCACCACCCUGGCCAAGUAACUCUUCUAGCCCCACUGUUUCUACGUACACUGCUGCUCAGAGACUCAGCAUCCCCUGGACUGGGCCCUGGAGACGAUCAUCAUCCCUUCUCCUCCUGUCCUCUUGGCUAGGCUGCCAGGUUCCUGGGGGCCGCAGCUCCCCUUCUCCCCUAACAGCCCUCAGCCCACUGCCCUGCGUGGUUCUGCCGGGUGGACUGCUGCUGGGGGCCGGCCCCUCACCGCCCUCCAUCCACAGGCUCAGCGCACCUCUUGCCUGCCGCCAAGAAGCUCUCAAUAAAGGCUUGCUGGCCGACAGGUGCCUGCGAGUCUGCACACACACGGCCUGUGGUCUCUGUCA